AUGGCGGAAUCUAACAAGGGCGGAUCCAAGGAAUUCAUCCAGCGCGAUGUGAAAAAGUCCAGCCCAGCUGGCACAAUCACCUUUCUUGGCCUUCGAGGCCUUGAUCCGGUCCUCCAGUACAGCCUCCUCACCGGCGGUGGUGCCGCUCUCCUUGGCAACCUCGGAAUCUCAUCCAUCUCUCCAGAUGCCGUCAUCCACACUGGUAUCCAAGCCAUAGAUGCCCUUGGCCUUCCGCUCUCACAUCUAAUCAUCCUCGCCAUGGCAGUUGGCUCUGCUGCUAAGCAGGGUUACUGGCUCGUCAAGUUGUCGGAGAUAUACUUCCCUCCCACGGCGGCCAUAACUGUCAGCGUAUACAACAGCUUUGUCAAUUCCGUCAACACGCUGCUCUUCGUCGCCGCCGCUACCAGCUCUACUAGGGCACCCACCUUCCCCGGGACCGGCAUUCCGUAUCCGCUCGUGGUUGGGCCUGCCCUCUACACCGUCGGUAUUGCCCUCGAGGUUGUGUCCGAGUAUCAGCGCAAGGUGUUCAAGGACAACCCGGCCAACAAGGGCAAGGUGAUGCGAUCGGGGCUGUGGAACUGGGCACGGCACAUCAAUUACGGCGGAUAUGCCCUCUGGCGCGGCGCUUACAGUUUUGCGUCGAGUGGACUGGUUACUGGGCUUGUGAUGGGUGGCGGACAGGCAUGGGACUUUGUCACCAGAGCUGUGCCAUCCUUGAACAGGUACUGCAGUGAAAGGUAUGGUGAGCAGUGGGAGAGCUUCAAGAAGGAUGUGAAGUGGACUGUCCUGCCAGGAAUCUACUGA